AUGGUCAAGGGACUGAAAAGUGACUGUCUUUGCACCCGCACUCCGCCAUAUCUGUCAACUUCCGGAUAUCAAAUCAUAGCUGUCGCCGAACGCUUACAUAUCGAUGGUCCAAUAAACAGGUCUCCUCGACUCGAAUUUAACGUCAGUUUCUUCACUUUUUAUCUGUAUCUUCUUUCUUUUUAUCUAUGUUUCUUUCUUUCUUUCUCUCUUUCUCUCUUCUUCUUUGCGAUAGCCAUCUUCACAAUCCUUCCCUUUCGUGAUCCUUUCUCUAAAGUCUCUUUCUCUAUCACUUUGUCGCUCUUUUUUUCACCCUUCGCUUCUCUUCCUCUUUCUUUAGUCUCCCCGUGUGAACUGCAAUCCUUUCCUUUCUUCUAUGCCCAUGUCUACUCUUCUCUUUUCACUCUCCCAGUGUCCUUUUUUACGACUUUGACACGCUUUUCUCUCUCUACUCCCUUCUCCUUCCUUAAUUUCCCUCUUUACACUCCAUCCUUAUUCUCUCUCCUAAAAAAUCUGUCCUUACUCUCCUUCUUUACUCUCCUACUUUCUCUCCUUACUCUACAACCUUACUCUCCCUCUUUAUUUUCCAUCCCUAAAAUCCUACCUUCAAAUCCUUCCUUACUCUCCCUACUUACCCUCCUUCUUAAAAUCAUCUUUACUCUCCUUCCUUACUCUCCUUCUUUACUCUCCCUCCUUAUUCUCCGUCCUUACUCUCCACCCUUGCUCUCCUUCCUUAAUCUCCCUCUUUACACUUCUUCCUUAUUCUCUCUCCUUAAAAUCUUCUUUACUCUCCUUCCUUACUCUCCUUCCUUACUCUCCCUCCUUAUUCUUCUUCCUUUCUCUCCUUCUUUAUUCUCCCUACUUAAAAUCCUCCCUUCAAAUCCUUCCUUACUCUCCUUCUUUACUCUUCUUCCUUACCAUCCUCCUUACUCUCCUUUAUUAUUCUGCUUCUUUCAAAUCCUUCUUCAUUCUUCCUGCUUAAUCUCUUUUCUUACUCUCCUUCAUUCAAAUCCUUCCUUAAUCUCCCUCCUUAAUCUCCUUCCUUACUCUCCCUCCUUAAAAUCCUUCCUUACUCUUCACCUUUCUUCAUUAAUCCCCUUUUUACUCUAUUUCAUAAUAUCCCUGGUUAUUCGCCCUCAUAUUCGCCUUCCUUACUCUCCCUUUUUACUCUCCUCCCUUACUCUCCUUCUCCAAUUCUUUUUUCUCCUUACUUGUCUUCUUUAUUCUCCUUUCUUACUCUCUCUCUCUCCUUCAUUACUCUUACGCCUUACCUCCCUCCUUUGCUCCCUUUCUUUAAACUACUUCCAUAGUAUCCCUUUUUAUUCACUCUCUUACCCGCCUUCCUUACUCUCCUCUUUACUCUACAUCCCUGCAUUUCAUUCUCUUUGUGUUUACAAUACUGCAUUUCUUCCCACUGACACUUUUCUUUUGCUCUUCUUUAUAUACAUAUAUCACCCUUUCUCUUGUUUAUAUCUAUCUAUCUAUCUAUCUAUCUAUCUAUCUAUCUAUCUAUCUAUUUUAGUCUGUUCAUAUCAUUCUAUCUAUGUAGGUAACGAGCUAUUGCUAUUCUAUUCAUAUCUAUAUAUCUAUCUAUCUAAAUAUGUUAUCCAUCUAUUCCAAUCUGUCCAUUAUCUAUCUAUCUAUCUAUCUAUCUAUCUAUCUAUCUAUCUAUCUAUCUCUUCCUUUUCCUUCAUUAUCUAUCUAUCUAUCUAUCUAUCUAUCUAUCUAUCUAUCUGA